AUGACAAAUGGAGCGACCUACGCCAGUCUCCGCACAACAUCCGCAUCUCAACCCGGAACGUUUCAAGCUUUACAACACACAAAUCUAAGGCGGUACGAUUUAACGCCAUGGACCCAAAAUAAUGAUCUCCUCGUCACUCGCGACUUUGUCGAAACGGUCGAAACAAUACACGCAGAAGACCAAGACUGGUAUGUCAAGGCAGUCAAAUGGGUUGCAUAUUCGAUUUACGAUGGUCAGUAG